GCAGAUUGGUAGCCUUGAGUCAGGAACUUUGCAUUUUUAUCUAAAAUAACUAGAAAGGAGAGAAAGAAGAGGAGAAAUGAUGGAGAUUGGACGAUCGCGUAAAGACUUCGCUAUCGCGAAUUGUUUGAAUUUCGAAUUCAUAACGUAUAGAGAAUGGGAGAAUUAUUUAAACACGCCUUCGGAGCAACGAGAAACUGGAGAAACGUCCAAUGUGCACUCCAAAAAUGAUACUAUUCAAUAUGCGUCACGAAACAUGAAAGAUGUGAUAUUGUAUUUAAAACGAAAAGGGAUUCACGACAUCAUCGAUUCUCUGCUCGGCGAGCUUCUGGUACGUCGACCCUACGAUCCUUAUGAAUAUCUGGUCCAACUCCUAGAUAGACGUAUUUUGACUCGUGACGGCCUCGUUGAUUCUCCUCCUCCUUUCUGCUCCCGGGACAUAAUAAGACAAGCGAGACAAGCAAAUCAUUACUGGAAUUAACUAAUGGAGGGAAGAAAUCUUGAGCAAAAAACGAUGUUUAUAAAAAAUACGUCUCAAAAGCAUGCCAUAUAAAUAAAAUUUAUAAUGGAAUAAAAAUUUUCGUGGAUUGAAGUAUUUUCAUCAAAAGAUUACUUAGACGUA